CAAAAUAAGUGAAUUUUUUUAUACAUGGCCACCAUGACGCUGAGAAAAUAUAUACUUCAACGCUAAAAUUGCACAUACGAGAUGUUAAUUUGAUGGAACACUCAAUGACAGAUAUGUCUAUCUAAUAAAACUUUGCACGGCACGGCGAAAAUUCCAAUUGUUCUAAAAGCGUUUUGUAAUUUAUUAAUCCCAGAUGUUCGGUGAUCAAAUAUCACGCUAUUCCUCUACAUAAGCUUUCCUGAUGCGGAAAUAUUCCAGUUGAACUGCUACAAAUGUCUAGGAGGUACCAUUAGGGUAUAUUUGCUGUCUUGUUGACCAACACUACCGUGCAUAAAUGUUAGUUGGUAAAUGUUUUUGGCUUGCCAGACAGUAACACUAAAUGAUGCAUUUCAAAGCAAAAAUAUCCACCACAAUCAGCAUGCUGCUUCAAAUGAUGAUAAUCACAUACUUUGGCAUUAGUCAGAGUUUUAUUAUUAAACACAAACAUCACAACUAUCAUGAAAUGACAAACAUCCUCAAAGAAAUUAAUCAGCAAUGGCCAGAUAUCACAAACUUAUACACAAUUGGCAAAUCUGUUGAGAACCGUGAACUGUGGGUGUUGGUAAUAUCUGACCACCCUGAAAGACAUGAGAAGGGCGAACCUGAGUUUAAAUAUAUUGGUAACAUGCAUGGAAACGAGGUUCUCGGUCGAGAGGUUCUACUCCACCUUGCUUAUUAUUUGUCGAGCCAGUACAACUCAAAUGACGUUGUUAAAAGCCUAGUCGACUCAACACGCAUUCAUAUCUUACCAAGUAUGAAUCCAGAUGGCUGGGAGAUCUCACUCGAGGGUGUUUGCAGCAACCUUGUUGGUCGUCAAAACAAAAAUCAGUGUGACCUUAAUAGAAACUUUCCUGAUUUACUAAACCCAAGGACAAAGGGGCGUUGCCUUGCACUAGAGAAGGAAACCAAAGCUGUCAUGAAAUGGAUCUCAUCACAGCCCUUUGUCCUCUCAGGUAAUCUACAUGGUGGCACCAUGGUUGUCAAUUACCCAUAUGACAGUGUCAAAGGAGAUCCAAGAUUACACAUAUAUAGCAAAGCACCGGAUGACGAUGUUUUUCGACAGGUGUCGAAAUCGUAUUCUUAUGCACAUCCAACUAUGCAUAAAGGGAGCCCGAAAUGUAAAGAUUUUCCAUUGGACAGUUUUAAAGAUGGUAUCACUAAUGGUGCUGACUGGUAUGCAGUACAAGGUGGCAUGCAAGACUAUAACUAUUUGACAAGCAAUUGUUUCGAGGUGUUGGUGGAAAUGAGCUGUUGUAAAUACCCAAAGGCAAGUGAACUUCAAAAGGAAUGGCAAGAUCACAAGCCAGCUUUAAUUGCUCUAAUUAAGGAGGUCCACAAAGGAAUUAAAGGUGUUGUUUCAGAUCGUUGUGGUAACGGUAUUGCUGGUGCGGAAAUCAAAGUGGACCAAAGAGAGAAAUAUAUUUUUAGUGCUAAGCUUGGCGAUUACUGGAGAUUGUUGGUUAAAGGUAAUUAUACCAUUCAAGUAUUAGCAAAGGGAUACAAGAAAGCAACGAAAUCCGUGCAGGUGGACGGAGUGGUCAAGAUUGUAAAUUUUGUACUCGUCAAGAAUGACGAUAAUAAUUCUUCUUGUGGUACAAUAAGCGGUCAUGUAAAUGCAAGCAAACCCGAAAUGGUCGAGGUCAUUGUACUCGCAAGUGACAACAGGACUUUCACAACGUACCCCAACGGAAGUGGUUUCUAUGUGCACGCUGUUAUCCCUGGAAACUAUUCAAUUUAUUUGAAAUUCGGAGGCACAUUUUCCAAGAAACGGAAAGUUACCGUGCUACCUGGAGAUAGUUACAACAUAUCCUUUAGAUAUGUAAAGCCAGAUAAACGGAACGUCACCGUCCAUCCUGCAAAAAGUUCUACCAUAUCCUUAUCAAUUUUAAACCCAAAUAGUUCUCAUGGAAAUAUACCGACUGGCAAAUUCUGCCUCAGCAUGUUCACUCUUAUAUUCUUAUAUUAUCUGCAGUAGCAGAUAAGGGACAUUUUAUCAUACGAUGUAGGACGAUUUUGUGCAUGUUUAACAUUAUUCCAUUAGCUUAAUUUUAUGAUUUGAUAGUAAAGCUCAAAGUUUGAGAGCGAGUGGUGUAAUUGUUUUAUCAUAUAGUCCGGUACAAUUUCAUAUGUAU